CAGAUUUCAUUAAUCAAAUCCGAGCCUCCAUUUUUCUUCCACAGUCGCGACACCACCUCCCCGGCGCAAGUCUCUAGCUCAUCGGGCUCGUUUCGCACCGUUGACGUAGCGAUCGGAAACAUCCACCAUCCACAGCCAUCUCGCCUUUCCUCGCGGCCACCCUCCCGACCGAGCAGCGACCCACGACCGCGUCCAGCUCCUACCACAGCCUGCCUGCGCGCGAAUCCUGCAUCCUUAUCGCGCCAUUAUCGCGCCCCUCAACCGGCCUCCCUUGAACCCGACCAAGAUGGACUCGGCCGAGCCCGACCAGACGCCGUUCGCGGCCGUCAGUGCCCAGACAUCCAAAAUCACCCGACAAUACCAAGCUCUCCUUGACAAGUCUACUCCGUUUGUGCUGUACAGAUGGAUCGGCACCGGCGUCACCUUGUUCCUUUUCUUUAUCCGCAUUUUCGUUGCUCAAGGAUGGUACAUCGUGGCAUAUGCACUGGGGAUCUACCUGCUCAACCUGUUCCUUGCCUUCCUGCAGCCCAAGUUCGACCCCUCCAACGAGGCGCUGGACAAUGAGAUGGAGGAUGGCUCGGUUGGGACGUUGCCGACCAAGCAGGACGAGGAGUUCCGCCCGUUUAUCCGCCGCCUCCCCGAGUUCAAGUUCUGGCACGCCGCCACUCGCGCCAUCGUCAUCAGCUUCCUGUGCAGCUGGUUUGAGAUCUUCAACGUCCCCGUCUUCUGGCCCGUGCUCGUCAUGUACUGGUUCCUUCUAUUCUUCCUUACCAUGCGGAAGCAGAUCCAGCAUAUGAUCAAGUACCGAUACGUCCCCUUCUCUAUGGGGAAGACGCGGUACGCACGCAAGAACAACUCAUAGAGGGCUCAUUCGGACGCGGGACUGCCAACCAGCCGGAAGGCAGCGUGUCGACACGGGCCAGGCGCGACAUAUCCCUAACAAGGCCGUGGGUACGGUCGUCGGUCGCAUGCCCAGCUCUAUCGCAUCUUGGCGCCUUGUCGAGGUUCCAUGUAUUAUGACACGGAAGCUACAUCUGUGGGCAGGUAGGCUUUGCCGGACGCAGCUAUCUCAAGAAUCUUUUAAUGCUCCGACAUUUACGGCAUGUUUCACUUCUAAAAUGGAUUUACAUCUUGUCACGGCCAUCCUCGACAAACUGGGGCGAGGCUGCAGCUUCUAUCUGGCGGCUGGCUGGCUUAUUUGGGCGGGUUCGGGAGUGGGCUAUCUGCAUACAGUUGGUUUGCGACAGGCUGGGCUGUUCGCUGGAGUUUGUUUUUGUUUGGCGCGUAGAAGGAGAUCAUUGUACGAGAUAUUUAGAGCAGCAUACAUGCGCACGAUUUCAUAUCUUGGAAAACAGCAGGGCAUAUUCAAUGCCUUAAUUAUGAGGGUCUUCGGAGCUGCUUGCAAGGUACCAAGAAUGGAAUGGAAGCUUGAAUGUCCAGGGUUGGUAGAGGUGGC